AUCUUUGGUUGAACUUUCACCAUACUAGCACAUCCUGAGCAAUUUUCUCCUCUGCCUUGGUGUCAACUUCUGUUCCCUCUAGAUUUGCAUUGACAAACCCCGGGACUGUGACACCUUUUUCUGAAACUGCCACCAUUACUCAUUGGCAUCAUGUUCACUGCAUUGGCCGGCACGUCUCAACGCUACUCUUCUCUGAUGUCCUUGUCCAACAAGUUCAGAGGCUUGCUAUGCCUCUGUGGUUUAGAUAACAACUACAGUAGGUUGGAUGAAAAGCUUGAAAAGAAAAUGAUUGAGGUUAAGAGAAGUUCCUCUGGACGGAGCAAUUUCAAAUCAGUUGACAGCAUAAUUUUGAGGUUCCCUCAGUUCAAAGCUGGAUUGAAAAACAUCAAAGGUGUAUUUGAACAACACGAUGAAGACUCUAAUGGAAUUAUCGAUCGUAAAGAACUUAAAAAAUGUUUGGCAAAAUUACAACUUUCUCUAAAGGAGAAAGAGAUCAAUGAGUUAUUCGAUUUUUGCGACAUUGAUGGGAGUGAAGGAAUACAAUUUAAUGAGUUUAUUGUUCUCCUGUGUCUCAUUUAUCUCCUAGUGAUCCCCUCUUCAUCCCCUAACAUGAUUGAAAAGGUGGGUUCACCAGAGCUUAGGGCCACUUUUGAUACAAUAGUUGAGGCAUUCUUGUUUCUUGACAAGAAUGGUGAUGGAAAGCUGAACAAGAAAGACAUGCUGAAGUCUUUGAAUGAGUCUUAUCCCCGGGAGAAAUCACCAGCACAUGUUACCAAGAAUCGAUUCCAAGAAAUGGACUGGGACAAAAAUGGGAAGGUCGGCUUUAGAGAAUUUCUCUUCUCUUUGAUUAGUUGGGUUGGUAUUGAUUCGGAUGAAGAAAUCAGUGACACAAAUGAAGAAAUAACACAGAGUUAAAGCAGGUGAAGCUUUUGAAUUCAUUUGUGUAGCGGUGGACAGAGGAUGAAAUACAGACAAAGUAGAGCAUAUGUGGCCUUUUAUUUGUGUUUGGAGAAGAACAUUCUUCACAAUUUGUUCGACUGUUGAAUGAAGAUUUCAGUCAGAACUGAAUCACAAGCUUUGUGCUUGAAUUGAUAUUUACGUGAAAAUUAUAUAUAUCUAGUUUUAAAUACCUAAGUAGAUGCUCAGAUAAUAUAUUAUAUUUAAUGAUUUUAAUUUCAAUUA